GCCAGCUCCACCCCGGGAGGGGACGGGCACCGUCCGGACCGCCAGACCAGACCCGACAGCCCCGGGGACUCCCCCUCGCUAGGGUCCCCGCGAGGAUGGCGUGUGAAAUCAUGCCUCUGCAAAGUGCUCAUGUUUCCCAGGUCAGCAAUAUUUCCACCACUGGAGAACUUUUGGAAAGAACCAUCCGGUCAGCCGUAGAGCAGCAUCUUUUUGAUGUGAAUAGCUCUGGAGGUCAAAGUUCAGAGGACUCAGAGUCUGGAAUAUCAUCAGUACCUUCCUCCACAUCCUCCAGACAACGGAGACGCCAGCCAAAGGAGCCGGAUGAAGUUCGACAUGGUAGAGAAAAGGGCCUCAUCAACAAAGAAAAUAUCCCUUCCGCCUUCAACAGCUUUGACGAGUGUAUCUUGAACACUCAAGAGGCAGAAAAGUUGCAUGAACAUCCUUCUGAUUGUAUUGGAGAAAGAAGCAGACCUAAACGUCAGAAAUCCAGUUCCAAACUUUCCGAGCUCAAUGAAAAUCAAGAUGGUCUCAAGGAGAUGGAAAACGUGGCUUCCCCUCGAUCGCCUGAGCCCCCUGGGUCUGAUGGUCCUGACCUCAUGGCCAACGAAAGCAAAGACAAUGAGAAAGAUGGCAAAGAUACCCAGCAUGGUGUGAGCGCCAGCAUGAAGAUCCAGGAGCAUCCCAGUAUCCCCGACGCGAAGCAGCCCAGGACGGAUGCCGACGGCCCCCCGCAGGAGAGCUUUGUCUCCGAGGUUCCCCCACUGGACCUGCCCGCGCUGUGUGACCAGAAGAGCUGGGAAGAGCCGGUCCCUACCUUUUCCUCCUGGCAGCGGGAGAACGUGGACUCUGACGAAGCCCGCCUCUCCCCCCAGGCUGGACGCCUGAUUCACCAACUUCUAGACGAAGACAGUGACCCCAUGCUCUCCCCUCGCUUCUACGCCUAUGGGCAGAGCAGGCAAUACCUGGAUGACACAGAAGUGCCUCCAUCUCCCCCCAAUUCCCAUUCUUUCAUGAGGCGAAGAAGCUCCUCCCUGGGGUCCUAUGAUGAUGAGCAGGAAGACCUGACACCCGCCCAGCUCACCCGAAGGAUUCAGAGCCUAAAAAAGAAGAUCCGCAAGUUUGAGGACCGAUUUGAAGAAGAGAGGAAAUACAGACCUUCCCACAGUGACAAAGCGGCCAAUCCCGAGGUUCUCAAGUGGACGAAUGACCUUGCCAAAUUCCGGAAACAACUCAAAGAUUCAAAACUAAAGAUCUCGGAGGAGGACCUCACCCCCAAGAUGCGGCAACGAAGCAACACGCUCCCCAAGAGUUUCGGCUCCCAGCUGGAAAAAGAAGACGAGAAGAAGCAGGAGCUGGUGGAUAAAGCCCUCAAACCCAGUGUGGAAGUCACGCUAGAGUGUAUUCAGCGGAAGCUACAGGAAAAGCGAGCAGAAAGCAGCCGCCCUGAGGACAUUAAGGAUAUGACCAAAGACCAGAUUGCUAAUGAGAAAGUGGCUCUGCAGAAAGCGCUGCUGUAUUACGAAAGCAUCCAUGGACGGCCGGUGACAAAGAAUGAGCGUCAGGUUAUGAAGCCACUCUACGACAGGUACCGACUGGUCAAACAGAUCCUGUCCCGGGCCAACUCCAUCCCCAUCAUUGGGUCCCCCUCCAGCAAGAGGAGAAGCCCUUUACUGCAACCCAUAAUCGAAGGUGAAACUGCUUCCUUCUUCAAGGAGACAAAGGAAGAAGAUGAGGGGUCAGAAGAGGACAGCAAUAUGAAGCCAGACUUCACAGUCACCCUGAAGACAGAGUUCAGUGCACCUUGUUUCCUGGAUCCGUUUGAAGAUGAUCCUGAUGGCUUCAUUUCCCCAAUGGACGACAAAAUACCAUCCAGAGGCAGCCAGGACACGGGGCUCUCCAAUCUCCAUGCGGCUUCCAUCUCUGAGCUCCUGGAACACCUUCAGGAAAUGAGAGAAGAGAAGAAAAAGAUUCGAAAGAAACUUCGUGAUUUUGAAGACAAUUUUUUCAGACAAAACGGGAGAAACGUCCAGAAGGAAGACCGCACUCCAAUGGCCGAAGACUAUACUGAAUACAAGCAUAUCAAGGCGAAGCUCAGGCUGUUGGAGGUGCUCAUCAGCAAGAGAGACACAGACUCCAAGGCCAUGUAAGCGCCAGCCCAGGCCGGCCCGCGGGGCCCGUGAAGAGCAGCUGUGGACGACAGCGCUAGAGCAGGACCUGCAUGCGGCCCCUUCUGCCUCCAGGUCACCGGCGUCCGCUCCAUUUCCAUCGCCUGCCUUAGAAAACCCACGUGGAUGGAAGAAGACCGUGUGGCCGACUGCAGACGUUCUGUAAGGAACAAGGCAAGAUGCCUCCACAUAAGCAUGCCCGUCGCAACGCGUGCUUGCACACGUUGUCACCGGACCCUCACACCACACACACCCACGGACGGAGAGCAGACGCUGUUCUUUCCUGGCUGACUGAGAAACGCGGGGCUGUGCGCUAUCUUAACUGUGAUCCAAACAAGCUCAGGACUCGACUCUCUAGAGCGAACUCACUGCGGAGGCCAUGUUCUCCCAGGACCCAGUUCCAUGACCGUAUAUUGGAGCCCUAUUUGCUGCCUUGGCCAUUCUAGUGACGUCUCCCCAGAGCUGCCCCGUCCCACUCAUGUGAACCGACUUCCGCCAGGGCUCUCAGGUAGCUGCAGGCCGCAUCUGCCCACAGCUGGCUGUGCACUCAUCUCUUUUGAGGGUUUCUCCAGGCUUCCCUCGGCCAACAAAGCAUUUCAACCCCUCACUAGAUCGUAAUGACUGUAGACAAGUGAGGGCUUGUAGUCCCUGAUGGAUGCUGUUUUUAAAACCAGGGGACAGGCCAAGAUCCUGAGACUGUUUCCUGCUCUUCCUUGCUCCUAUGCUAACCUCACACCCUGAGUGAGCAAGGCCAGCAUGCCACC